UAUGGUAUAUCCUCACCAGUUUCAGAAUUUUUAGAAAUGGAUAUUUUUUCUGAAGAAGAAUGCUUUGUGAACCUAACAGCAAAUUCCCUACUACAAUUAAGCCAAGCCAGAAAAUUCAACAGAAGUGUACUUACAUCUGAAGAAAUUAACAAGUCUUGUUUAUGCAAUGUGACUGCAGACUUUGAACAUGCAAUGAACUGUUCUUGUGAAGGGACUCCAUCAUUAUUUCCUAUUCUUCAUGAGAAAAACUGGCCUGCUCUGCUAACAAUUAUUGUGAUUAUUAUAACCAUUUUUGGAAAUAUUCUUGUCAUCGUGGCUGUCUCACUAGAAAAAAAGCUGCAUAAUGCCACAAACUAUUUCCUGAUGUCACUUGCAAUAACUGAUAUGCUCUUGGGUUUUCUUGUCAUGCCAGUAUCAAUGCUAACCAUAUUAUAUGAAUAUAGAUGGCCACUGCCCAGGAGUGUCUGUGCCAUGUGGAUUUAUUUAGAUGUGCUUUUCUCCACUGCCUCCAUCAUGCAUCUCUGUGCCAUAUCUCUGGAUCGCUAUAUUGCCAUACAAAACCCUAUUCAUCAUAGCCGGUUUAACUCCAGAACAAAGGCCUUGGCAAAAAUUGUUGUUGUUUGGACGGUAUCAGUAGGUAUUUCACUGCCAAUUCCUAUAUUUGGACUCCAUGAUGAUUCCAAAGUUCUCAAGAAUGGAAGUUGUGUCCUUGUGGAUGAGAAUUUUGUUUUAAUAGGUUCCUUGGUAGCAUUUUUUGUUCCACUUCUUAUCAUGGUGAUCACCUAUUUUUUAACUAUAAAAUCCCUUCAGAAAGAAGCCAUGUUAUGCAUGAAUGAUCUUGAUUCAAAAGCUAAGUUUGGUUCAUUCAGUUUUUCCCCUCAAAGUUCUCUUUCUUUGGAUAAACUUUUCCAGCACUCUCUGAACAAAAAACUAGGAACUUUUAGGAGGAGAAAGAUGCAAUCAAUAAGUAAUGAACAGAAAGCAUCCAAGGUACUUGGAAUUGUCUUUUUCCUGUUUGUGAUAAUGUGGUGUCCUUUUUUCAUCACCAAUGUGAUGGCAGUCUUUUGCAAGGAAGCAUGCAACGAAGAUGUAAUUGAGGAUCUGCUUAACAUUUUUGUUUGGAUUGGCUACCUUUCUUCAGCAGUCAAUCCACUUGUAUACACAUUAUUCAGUAAAACCUACCGAUCUGCUUUUUUACGGUAUAUCCAAUGUCGCUACAAAGAGGAAAAGAAACCACUGCAGUUGUUCUUAGUGAACACUGUCCCUGCUGUAGUGUACAAGUCACAUCAGCUUCAGUUAACACAAAUGAAAUGCUUUAAAAAGGAAUCUAAGCUGAUGGCUAAAGACUAUUCUUCAGAGACAACUGAUACACAUAAUCUGGAUGAAACUUUAAAGAGCAAAGCUGACAACAUGAAUGAAAAAGUUAGCUGCUUGUGACUCUGGUAUAGGACUGUUUUCUUUAACUAUGUAUAUUCUGGAAGCUGGAGAAAGCUGAACUGGAAAAAUAGUGUGCAACUUUGUUGGAAAUUUGCAGAAUCCUAGACAAUGCUUCACUAACAAAGACUUGUCUCACUCUCUUCUGGGUGCUGGAAACAGUUG